GCAGGACACCAAUAGCAAACGGAGAUCAGCUGAGGCGCGUGAGCAGUCGUGAAGCCGCGCGCGUAAGCCCUCGGUCGUAUACGAAAACUUUUUAGCGCAGCGCGAGCACCGGCGGGCGCGAGCUCUUUCCUUUUCCGUUAUAUAUUUAUAUUACAUACCCGUGUAGCCUGUUGGUUUGGACCUGGAAUUUUUUAUCUCUUUUGCAUGCGCGUGCUCCUCACAUAACACACUGUACACGCGCUAGAUUCGCGUUUGUUUAUCUAUCUAUCUAUUUAUCUGUCUAUUUAUUGAUUUAUUUAUUUAUUUUACGCAGUUUUCGGUGUUCACGAGCGCUGUUUUGUUGUGUUUUGUUGUGUUUUUUUUUUUAUCCGACUUGCCGCAAUGCUGCUCGAACAUCCCGGAUCCAGUUGUCAAAAUCCGGGAAAUUUCUCCAGAUACAGCUCGGGACAAGAUAUCCCAGUGUGUGCAGGUUGCAGUCAGCACAUUGUUGACCGCUUCAUCCUGAAGGUUCUGGACCGUCACUGGCACAGUAAGUGUCUGAAAUGCAGCGAUUGUCAGUCGCAGCUGGCAGAGAAGUGCUUUACCCGCGGAGACGGAGUCUACUGCAAAGAGGACUUCUUCAAGAGGUUCGGGACGAAGUGUGCGGCGUGUCAGCAGGGCAUCCCGCCGAGUCAGGUGGUGCGGAGAGCGCAGGAUUUCGUCUAUCACCUUCACUGCUUCGCCUGCAUCGUGUGCAAAAGGCAGCUAGCCACGGGGGAUGAGUACUACCUGAUGGAGGACAGUCGACUGGUGUGUAAAGUGGACUAUGAGACGGCCAAGCAGAGAGAGGCCGACUCGACAGCGAAAAGGCCGCGCACGACCAUCACGGCCAAGCAGCUGGAGACGCUGAAGAACGCCUACAACAACUCACCCAAACCGGCGCGUCACGUCCGCGAGCAGCUGUCCUCAGAGACCGGCCUGGACAUGCGAGUGGUGCAGGUGUGGUUUCAAAACAGGAGAGCAAAAGAGAAGAGGCUAAAGAAAGACGCAGGAAGACAGAGAUGGGGCCAAUACUUUCGCAACAUGAAGAGGUCCAGAGGAAGCUCCAAAUCAGAUAAGGACAGCAUCCAGGAGGAAGGCAUGGACAGUGACGCUGAAGUCUCCUUCACAGACGAGCCUCCCAUGUCAGAGCUGAGCCACUCGAACAGCCUCUACAGCAGUCUGAGCGAGAGUUCCCCGGCUCUGGGGCGUCAGGGCGGAGCUCACGCUCCCUUCACCCUGGAUCACGGAUCCGUCCUGCCCCCUCAGGAUCAAUACCACGACAUCCGCCCCAGCAGUCCUUACAGUCUCGCACAGUCUCCUGCUUCCCUUCAGCCCCUGCCCAGGCAGCAGCCCCUCAUCUCCAGCCUGGUGUACCCUGACUCCGGGCUGCCCAUGGUGGGCCAGGGUGGGCAUGGCAUGGUGUCGGCCGGUCCGAACGGCCCCAGCUCGGACCUGUCCACUGGAAGCAGCGGCGGCUACCCGGAAUUCCCAGCUAGCCCAGCCUCCUGGCUGGACGAGGUCGAUCACAGCCAGUUCUGAUGAGGGAUUGAAACUUGGAUAAAAAGAGAGAUGGAAGGGAAGUCAGACUCGUCACCUUUAUUCUCAUCAUCUGCAUGGAUUGAAAACUCAACGUAGUUUUGGACUCUGGAUGGAGACUCAAAAGAUCCAUAAACUUCUCCCCUCUCUGUUAGAUUAUUUGGAGGACAGUUUUUAACUUCUGUUUUGCUGACAUGAAGAUCAACCAUUCUGAGCCUGACAGAAAAAACAACAACUACUUCCUGAGAUGCCCUGAGAUGAGCUCCACCAUGUGGCAUCAUCUGACCUCCAUCAUCAGUGCGUUAAAGUGCAAAGAGACAUUAGUGUGAAGGCAUUGCUCCAUGAAUGUGCUAUAGCUAUCAGACUGGACUUUUGUAAGACUUUUCAUUUCCAUUCUUCAUUUCUCUUCUCAGUGUCUCAGUGUAAACACCACCAGUUUUUUGUGUCCUGGUUGUUGCCAAAUGUCUCUAUCCAGUAACUCGGCAUUGUGGAUCCUUUAUUUUUAUAUCUUCGGAAAGUCACCGAAACAUUUAGUGCAUUUCCUGAACAGGAGUUAGACAAGCUGUAGUUGUUGACUCUCGUAAUUCUAUAGGAUACUUCUAUGCAUUUUGUGUGUUUUUGGAUGUAUCUGGUUCGUUUUCCUCAGCCUCAGCUUGCAGCUCCCGGGCUCCUCUACGUGUUUAUGUGAAAGAUGUUUUAUGUCUUAUUUAUUCUCUCUGAUUAUCAUUAAGUGAUACAGAUCUUUAAUAAAUUUGUCAAUGAAAUCCA